AUCUCGUUUAUAAGAGACGUUAUGAUGUUAAAGUGAUGCUUUAUCUUUAGGAGACAUCGACAGCGAUGGAGCUUCUUCCUCUUCUGUGUCUCUGCCUCCUGACUCGCUCUGGAGUCACGUCUGCUCAAACAAACGGGCCAGCACCGAUCACAGUGGAGGAAGACAGAUAUGUUAUGUUACCCUGUUCCCUUAGCAACAAGGAGGACAUUACGUCAGGUGUGUUUGACUGGAAGAAAGAUGGUGCGGAUGCGUUCUUUUAUGCCAACGGCCAGCAUUCCAAUACUGGCAGAGGUGGUCAGAUUCAGCAGUUCAAAGGUCGAGUCUUUCAUUUUGAAGAUGAACUGAAACACGGCAACGCCUCCAUAAUCAUCACAAAUACAAAGGUGGCCGACAGCGGAAACUACACCUGUUAUUUCCCAAAACUUCAGCCACCUCAAACAUUCAAGAUUGAGCUUGUUGUUGGUGCAGCUCCAGAACCAUCUGUCACAAUACGUAAAACUAACGAUGGAUUUGUGCUGCAUUGUAAAGUUCAUGGCACUCCAAAACCUAAAGUAGAGUGGCUGGACAGUGCUGGAAAGAUCCUUCCUGCUGAGGAGCCCCAGGUCUCAGAAAGAGGAGGCAGUUUCUACAUCACUCUCACCGCUACUGUGACCAGGGCUGACAACUAUCGCUGUGUAGCCACUCAGGAGACAAUCAGCCAUCAGAUUUAUGCUGAAAUUUAUUUCAGUGGUGAAGGAGCAGAGAAAACCUCAGGUGCAGCUCCAAAACCAUAUGUCACAAUACUUAAAACUAAGGAUGGAGUGCUGCUGCAGUGUGAGGUUCAUGGCACUCCAAAACCUAAAGUAGAGUGGCUGGACAGUGCUGGAAAGAUCCUUCCUGCUGAGGAGCCCCAGGUCUCAGAAAGAGGAGGCAGUUUCUACAUCACUCUCAACGCUACUGUGACCAGGGCUGACAACUAUCGCUGUGUAGCCACUCAGGAGACAAUCAGCCAUCAGAUUUAUGCUGAAAUUUAUUUCAGUGGUGAAGGAGUUUCAGGGCUCUUCACUGGAAUGAUUGUUACUGUUGCAGUUAUUGUCACAGUAUGUAUUGUUGGCCUUCUUCUAUUUCUGCUUGAUGAGGCCGAGGAAAAACUCCCUAGGUAA